CAGCCCGAGGAGCGCGCGCCAUGCAAGCCAGGGGGUACCCAGCCGCCGGGGAGAUCGGCCCGACUAGCGCCCCCGCCCAAGUGUCUGUUAUCCUCCCGGUCCAUGACGCUGAACCGUGGUUAGACGAAUGCUUGGGGUCGGUUUUGCAGCAAGACUUUGAAGGCUCCAUGGAGCUCUCCAUUUUUAAUGAUGCCAGUAAGGACAAGUCCAUGACUAUCAUCGAAAAAUGGAAAAAGAAGCUCGAAGGUUCCGGCAUCCUCGUGGUCAUUGGAGGGCAUGAUUCUCCUUCUCCCCGAGGAGUCGGAUAUUCUAAAAAUCAAGCAAUAGCACAGAGCUCAGGGUCUUACCUUUGCUUCUUGGAUGCGGACGACGUGAUGAUGCCUCAGAGAGUGAGGCUGCAACACGAAGCCGCUUUGCGACACCCAAAAAGUAUUAUCGGUUGUCAAGUGACGCGGGAGCCCCCCAACUCCACCGAGCGGUACACGCGGUGGAUCAACCAGCUGGCGCCUGACCAGCUGCUCACCCAGGUGUUUACCUCCAACGGUCCCACCGUGAUCAUGCCCACCUGGUUCUGCUCCCGAGCCUGGUUCGCCCACGUGGGCCCGUUUGAUGAGGGCGGGCGGGGUGUCCCCGAGGACCUGCUCUUCUUCUACGAGCACCUGAGGAAGGGCGGCGGGGUCGUCCGUGUGGACCAGAGCCUCCUCCUCUACCGCUACCACCCCAGCGCGGCCACACACUCCGUCCUCGAGACCACCAUCUGGGCCCACCGCGUCCGCUUCCUGGAAGAGCGGGCCCUGCCCCACUGGCCAACCUUCACCAUCUGGAACGCGGGCCGGCAGGGCCGCCGGCUGUACCGCAGCCUGACAGCGGGCUCCCGGCGCAAGGUGGCUGCCUUCUGCGAUGUGGACGAGAACAAGAUCAGAAAAGGCUUCUACUGCUACGAGGACUCUCAGGAAAGGCCCAAGCCCCGGAUCCCAGUCCUGCACUUCCGAGCCGCACGGCCACCCUUUGUCAUCUGCGUGAAGCUGGACCUCACAGCGGGCGUGUUUGAGGACAACCUGAGGUCGCUGAACCUGCAGGAGGGCCGGGACUUCCUUCACUUCAGCUGACAGACCCAUGGCAGCUGCUCCCAGGUACGUCUGAGGCCCCCAGCAGCUGCAGGGCUGAGGGCCAGCAGGGAAGGAGGGCCCUGGGGCCCCACAUGGGGAACAUGCAUGUGGGGGGUGGUGCCCAGACACCCCACAAACUCCACUCACCAAGAGAGUGCUCAGUGUUUUUACCAGGCAUGUUUUACGUGUGGUCUACGCCCCACCAUGUAUUUGACACGUGUCCAUACGUGGGUACACACAGACCAAGGCCUGAAGCAGCUCCUCUGCUCGGGGCAAGGGCUUGGCUGCACCACGCGCUCCUCAGCCUCCCUCACAUCAUUGGCACCAGCAGCUUGUACUAGUCACUCCCGGCUCCCUAUGGCCAUGAACCCCAGCGCCUGCCUCAUUCCCAGCUCUGGCCUCUGUGGAGUCUGGGCCACGUGUGGCUCCGUCUGUGUGGGGUCAGCCUGCAUUAGAGAUGUGGGACUGGACGAGGCCCCCCGGGGACAGAGGCUGUGCGCUGACGCUCCUCCGGUGGGGAGUAGGCCCCUGAGUGCGGCGGAGACCUGGGCAGGGGAGGGAGAGGCCCGCAGUGCCUGGCAGGGGCCGCGGGUGUGAGUGGGCAUGGGAGCGCCUCUUUCUUUGGUCGGUCCUAAGUUGGAGGUGUGACCAGAACUGGGGAAGGUGGCAGUUCUGACCACGUCCAGACCACUGGGGGCCAGUCCUGUGUUGAGAAAUGGCCUGGCACUGCCCAUUUGGUCUCUUGGUCUUAGGAGCCCAGUGGCUCUUCCCUGAAAGUGAUGCUGGUGCCACUGGGCUUCUCCUUGAUCCAAGAAGAAAUCAUCGACGUGUUGAGUCGUUAGUGUCAUCAAUGCCGGAGUGAGUGAUGACUCCCAGGGAUGAGGGCCCUGCCCCAACAGUUCACUUGAACGAAGCAGUAACUCCUGGCUCCGAGGAGGGUCAAGGGGGCUUGAACAAUCAGGAGUGGCUUUGUUGUGAAGCCACGUCUGGGUGAGAAUUCCCAGCCUCGGUGAUUAAAGCACUGGGGUCUCUGCGUGCAGAGGGUCUUGGGAGACCCUUCACAAAACAGAAAGGUGUCGAUCAGAGGCAGGAGACUGGUGUUCUAGCCACAGGGCUCCAACACCUUCUAAAAUUGUGUUUUCAUACUGCUGCUACUGUUGUCAAAAUUCUGCGUGCUUUUGAAAAUCCACACAGUAGCUGUUA